AGAAGGAUUUAAAGUGUGGCUGCAGAUUCGUCGUGUCACACAAGUAUAAAAGGAGACUGAAUCACCCAACCCUCCGGUCUUAAUGGUCCUGUGGGACUAUUGCAACAUGGAAAAGUGUCCGGAUAAUAGACGGGUCAGUCGCAGACGACUCAUGUUGGCUCUAAUAGUGGAUGUGAUAUUUUUUCUUAUUGUGGGUAUUCCGGUUCUUUACUUGUUCCUUCAGGGUCAGCCCUUUAUCAGGGGCUUUCAAUGCGAUGACCCCUCCAUCUCCCUCCCCUACCGGCCAGAUACAAUCAGUACACCUGUUCUUAUCGUCGCCGGAUUUGGGACCUCUGUCUUUUGCGUCGUUAUUGUGGAGGUUUUAAACGCCAUCAACAGGAAGUGUCGGCGACCAUGCUCAACAUUGGAAGACUUACGGUUCUGCGCAAAGGGAUUUUCUGUGUUCCUCGUCGGGUUCGUAGUUCAAACACUGUUCGUAGAAUUCGUAAAGAGACAGCUUGGAUUCUUGAGACCAAACUUCAUUGAUGUAUGUCAGCCGCAGUUUAACAGAUCGCUUUGCCCCUCCUUCAUUACCGAGUACACGUGCAGCGGAAGUGAUCACGACGCCGACGAGAUUCGUGACAGCCGACAGUCAUUUCCAUCCGGGCACUCGGCGUUCUCCAUGUUCAUAUCCGUUUUCUAUUGCUUUUACAUACAGGGACGUCUCCGCAUCAGUUUUUCACGAAUUCUGAAGUUUUUCAUGCAAGCUGCUCUAGUCUUCACUGCAUCUAUCUGCGGCCUGAGUCGAAUCAGGGACCACAAACACCAUGCCUCAGACGUCAUCGUCGGAUUUGCCGUCGGUGCAGCUGUCGCCGUAUUUGUGUACAAGCUCGUUGCGGAAAACCUUCUCUCCAAAUCUUUAGAGGACGAGGUCAGCAAAUCAUCCACGUCAUCAUCGACAGUUUCACAUUACGUAUGCUGCUCAUGCACAACACCGCAAUCCUCGAACGUCGAAUCGCAGACGCCUGUCCCGCUACUCCAAAACGAGUACUUUAAUGUCGUCCCAAACACAAUCUCCACAAGCAGGCAUGCGUCUUUAAAACUAAAAGUGACACCAGUAACAUUAUCAAACCAACAGCAGGAACUAGUUUUAAGUUACACAAGUGGUCUAUGUUAAAUCGUCAGAACUAGUGUAGCAGCAAUCAGCUUAUUUUUUAUUGUAGAAGUUAUCGUUCAGAAUUGAACACAAACACGAAAGUUUGUGGGUUAGGCAGUUAAGAUAAACUUAUCUUACACAAAUCAAAAGCACUCUCUCAGGGAGUAAAAAGGUUCUGCUGUUUUGAUAACUGACUAUCAUAAGGCCUACCAACAGUACUGCUGAGUGGUUUGGUCAGUUGAGUAUUUCACAAGGACUGCAAAGGUUGCUAACUUGAUCAGACACUCACGUAGUACGACUGUUAAGUGUUUUUUUAUUUAGCGGACUUGUUACAUGUAUUUCUUCAUAUAUGGCAGUCGAUCGUAGGCUAUAUGCAGAAGAUCCCUGAGCAGAUCAGUGUCUUUUAGACAUCGUAUUGUCGACAAGCAUUGUACUUGCAAACCUUGACCUCAGUGUCUCAAAGGUUUAAGGCACGUCAUUAAGCCAAUCUCAUUUACAGCACAUACGUCUGCAAGUAUAUGAUGGUCCAGUAAUUGGAUAUUACAUCCAUAUCAAAUCAAGGGAUUUGGAAAGAUCAGUCGAUUGCUUUAUUUGGAACGACUUACCUAUUUAUGUCAGUUUGUUCAAAUUGCUUUUGAUACA